AUGACAUCCAUAACCACUUGGAAGAAGGCUGAAGCUGUGAGAAUUAAGUGCUUGGGUGUGCCAACCCUCGACAUGGACCAUGUUUGCUUCCACCUUGAGGUCCAUGCUGAGUUGAAAAGAAAGGGUGGAGUCACUCACAACAUGUUGGAUGACAUCCAUAACCACUGGAAGAAGAGACUGAAGCUUGUGAGAAUUAAGUGCUUGGGUGUGCCAACCCUCGACAUGGACCAUGUUUGCUUCCACCUUGAGGUCCAUGCUGAGUUGAAAAGAAAGGGUGGAGUCACUCACAACAUGUUGGAUGACAUCCAUAACCACUUGGAAGAAGAGUUUGAAGCUGUGAGAAUUAAGUGCUUGGGUGUGCCAACCCUCGACAUGGACCAUGUUUGCUUCCACCUUGAGGUCCAUGCUGAGUUGAAAAGAAAGGGUGGAGUCACUCACAACAUGUUGGAUGACAUCCAUAACCACUGGAAGAAGGCUGAAGCUGUGAGAAUUAAGUGCUUGGGUGUGCCAACCCUCGACAUGGACCAUGUUUGCUUCCACCUUGAGGUCCAUACUGAGUUGAAAAGAAAGGGUGGAGUCACUCACAACAUGUUGGAUGACAUCCAUAACCACUGGAAGAAGGUCGAAGCUGUGAGAAUUAAGUGCUUGGGUGUGCCAACCCUCGACAUGGACCAUGUUUGCUUCCACCUUGAGGUCCAUACUGAGUUGAAAAGAAAGGGUGGAGUCACUCACAACAUGUUGGAUGACAUCCAUAACCACUGGAAGAAGGCUGAAGCUGUGAGAAUUAAGUGCUUGGGUGUGCCAACCCUCGACAUGGACCAUGUUUGCUUCCACCUUGAGGUCCAUACUGAGUUGAAAAGAAAGGGUGGAGUCACUCACGACAUGUUGGAUGACAUCCAUAACCACCGGAAGAAGGUUGAAGCUGUGAGAAUUAAGUGCUUGGGUGUGCCAACCCUCGACAUGGACCAUGUUUGCUUCCACCUUGAGGUCCAUGCUGAGUUGAAAAGAAAGGGUGGAGUCACUCACAACAUGUUGGAUGACAUCCAUAACCACUGGAAGAAGGCUGAAGCUGUGAGAAUUAAGUGCUUGGGUGUGCCAACCCUCGACAUGGACCAUGUUUGCUUCCACCUUGAGGACAAGUCAUAUGGGAAACCUAAGCUUGUGAAGAAUGUAAACGAGGGUUUGACAUAUGAGGAAACAAAAGAAAUGAGAAACAUCGUAUUGAACUCAGAUCCUCUCAUGAAACUCACUAGAAAUGGUGUGUAUGUGAAUGUGGUGGAGAGGUUGAGGGAGGCUUUUAAGACUCAGGAGGUUGUUAGACUGGACUGCACCCAUGUGGGAACCAGUGACUGCAAAAAGAUUGGAGUGAAGCUAAGGGAUUUAGUGCCAUGUGUUCCUAUCUUGUUUAAGGAUGAGCAUAUAAUCCUUUGGAGAGGAAAGUUGAAUGAGCACCCUUCAGAUUCACAUGUCAGCAAGGGAAAAUGCACUGAUUCACGACUGAAAUCCCCAAAUCAACUGCAACAUCUUUGUAAACCCGAUGGAAAAUUUUCCCCAUUGCUUGUUGUAUUCUCUUUUGUCCCACUGCUAAAUGUGGAGGCUCUAUUGCUUCCCCCAAGACUCUACUCUUUCCUGCGUUAUUCUUCCUUUCCUCCUCUUCCAUCAUUGGAGCUUAUAGUGGUUUCGUUGGCUGAUGCAUUAACUGAAAUACAAGAACAAGUUUUGGUAGCUGAUGAUGUGGAUAGUGACUGGGAAGAAGUUCGAUCACAUGGUAAUGAAAAUGAUAGAGGAUUUCUUUAUUCAAUGUCUUCAUCUUCGGGAAAAUCCACUGAUGAACAUCUCGAAGCAAUGACAAAAGUAUUUAAUGAGGAUCGAGAUGAUCAGUAUGAAGAUGACCUUUUAAGUGUAGCUGAUCCUCUCAAUCAGAUAAAUCUGGCAAAUUACCUUGUUGAUUUCUUUGUUAGCUUUUCUCAGUCUGACAGACAGCUCUUAGAUCACAUUUGCGAGAGCUUGACUCGGUCUCAACGAAAUGUCAUUCAAAUGAUACUGAAGGGAUGA